GAACGGUGUCCAUCCCCAAGAAUAUGUUCCGAAACAACAACACAAUAAUCUACCGCGGGAACUACAGUGUCUGCGAUGAAAGUCACGUCUCCAGAAGGUGUUAUUGGAGCGGCUAUAGGAGGGUUCUUACUGGGAUCUGUGGUUACAGGUGUCAUCUUCAUCUGUCAUCGCAGAACAACACUACCACAACAGAAACGAGAACAAAUCCCACAAGAUUUUCAUAACGCAGAAUAUCAGUCUGAGAGCAGCAACACAGGGGCUCAAAGUCAAGGCAACAGAAGAAGCGUGGUGUACAGCGAAAUAAGCGACGAAACGCGAAAGUCCAUGGCUGUCAAACCGUUUAGAAGGCAACAAAACGAUUCUGAGGCUACUGACGAUGAAGUUUACAACCAUUUGAACGAAGCAGCUACGGUUAACAACAGUGACGACUACGAUCACGCUAAAAGUGGUCCCUCGUCUUCAACACCAAUAGAUGGGUACGGAGUUGUUACAUUUACAAACAGAGAGGAAGACAACGACCCAGAAGUUAACUUCAUGGUUGCUGGUAUCGACAGGCAAAUACCAAACGAAGAACCCGUCAACGAUGGAUACUGUGUGCUUGAGAAAAUAAAUGCUAUAUAAUAUCAUAUUGAAUAUUCAACACGCAUUUGUAUAGUCAUCCCACAUACACUCUAGGAUCUUCCCAUAUACCGAUAUACUCUGAUUAGCGGACAUUCCAAAUAUCAUCUCAUAUAAUUCUUUGAUUAUCCAUGUUUUAAUGUACAUGAAAAAUCAUUUAUAGAAAAUACAAACUUUCAGUAUCAAAUAGUCUACCAAAUGAAUAGCGUUUUCAUAACACUGUUUUUGAUGAAAAAGAAGAAUCUUAAGAAUUCAGCACUGAUCUUAUUUUCAAAUUGAAAUGUUUUGAAAUAUCUUGGAAAUUAAAAGUAAACUUAUAUAAAAAUAAUGUUUAGAUUCUCAUUAUGAUUAUUUCCUCAUGAAAAUAUUAACAGCUCUGAAGGAGACACAUCAAAUGUACUGUCCCACAACAUACGUCAGAAUUGGUAUCAAUCAAACGUGGAUUUUAAAAAAUCCUAAAGAUCUUUCAGCAAAUUUUAAAUUGCAAAUACAUUCUUAAUCAUCAAUAUCGAAAGGUAUGCCUUGUCAACACUUUAGACGACCAUUCUACACGAUAAAUUAAAUACAAGAUUUUCUAUCAUCAUAGAAAGUUGCUUUCUUCAACAAAAAUGGAAAAAGAAAAUAUUCGUAUCUAGUGAUCAGUCAUAAAAGAAAACUUUGUUCAAAACCACUCUGAUUUCACGCACAAGUACUCCAAAGUUGAAAUGAAUUGCUGGGGUUUCUCAUUAACAAUAUCUUCGUUGUCUUUGGUGAUCAGGUCUUCAAACAAUAUGUUUAACUUCCCAUGGCCACGAAUUGUGCUUCUUUCUUAGCUGACCUGUUCUUUUAUUCAUAUGAAGCAGAGUUUAUUCAUUGAUAAAUGCUUCUACAUGAGAAGAAAAAAAAAUUCUCGCUGUGACUUUCAACUCGACAUUUAGAUCAAUCGACGACGUUUUAUCUAUUAACAAUCAUCAUUUUCAUUCAUAUAUCGAUUCGAUAUAUCGUUUGAACUCGAAAUAUGACAUCACAGAGUCCUCCACAUCAACUUCGUACAUAAAUAUUUUAUCGAAAAACGAUAUUAAUGACAAAGUAACAACUCGACUUUAUGAGGAACGGGAUGAAUGAUAUAAGCUUUUACAUCGUUAACUUCCCAUAUAUAUGUAGCAAUAUUCCAUUAUCACCUGCACAUGGUGUAUAUGAAAGGUGAAUAUAACGAACAGUGAUCAAUCUCACAACUCUCACAAACAAUACAAAAUAGAUAUUUGGGCAAACACGGACCCCUGGACACACCAGAGGUGGAUUCAGGUGUCCAAGAGGAGCAAGCAUCCCCCGUUGACCUGUCACACCCGCCGUGAGCCCUAUAUCCUGAUCAGGUAAAAGAAAUUCGUAUAUACAUCUCAACUGAUUCGAUAUGCAAUAGAAUUUUCUGCGUAUGAUCAAUUUUCUAAUCGAGGCAGGCUACUGACAAACAAGCUGGUGUUUCAUGGGUUUCAACAGUUUCGUUUAAAGUAAGCAUUUCUCAAAAUGUUUGGUCGUUAUAAUGAUCUAUUUUGUGAAAACAACCCGGUAUUGGGUAGAAUGCUGCCCGAUGUGUUUCGCACCGACUGUUAGACCGUUCUUUACAGACUGGUUCUUUCUAUAUAACUUUGUUUACCUGAUCGAGAUAUAGGGCCCCGGUGGGUGUAACAGGUCGACAGGGAAUGUUAAUUUUACUUAGACACCGAAUCCCAGCUCUGGUAUUUGUGUUUCCAGGAGUCUGUGUUUACCCAACUCUUUAUUUUGCAUUCUUGAUAGGAGUUGUGAGAUUGAACACUGUUAUCUUCACAUUUUCAUUCAUUAGGCUUACAUGUCACAACUCGAGCAAUGAGUUUUAUGAUAAUGAAAAUUUAGCAUGUUUCAAGACUAAAAAAAACUGUAUUAAAACAUGUUUUGAAAUACCAAGUAACUGUUAGAAAAUGUACCUAUGGUCCAGUUUUAAAGGACAACUUGUAUAUAAUAAAUAACAUCCUUAUCUGGAUAUUUUGCCUUUUUGCAGAUAUUGACCACAAUAUAAUCAGCAUAUUUUUUCUCGAUGUAUUUUAUUACUGUUCUAUUGCACAAUAAUCUGUUAUUGUAUGCUGUGUACGUUGUACUGUGCAUUGAGGUAAAUAAAUGAAAAUACACAAAAUGAAAAA